ACGCAUGCGUGGUUAUCUGUUGUUAUUUGCGACAGAAGAAAACGUCAUACGGCAGAACUGUCCACUCACUGCAGCCACAGGAAGGACAAAGAAAAGGAGACGUGUGUUCAUUAUCGUACUGCUUGAGUAAAUCUACUCAAAUAAAAAACAAGUAAGUGUGAAAAAGGCCAUCUCGUUCCUGACAUGGCCAACCCUUUCAGGGGUGAGGUUUUCAAGCUUUACAAAACUCUGCUGUAUCUUGGCCGCGACUACCCCCAGGGCUCAGCUUAUUUCAGAGAGCGCCUGAAGUCAGCUUUCAUGAAGAAUAAAGACGUGACAGACCCUGAAAAGAUCAAAAAGCUAGUGGCACGUGGCGACUUUGUCAUCAAGGAGCUGGAGGCUCUGUAUUUCCUCAGGAAAUAUCGAGCCAUAAAGAAGAGGUAUUAUGAACCAGACAAAUAAUGACACUCACAGACAGCACCCAGUUACCUUUCUGAAAUGUAAUACGGGCUGUGAGGAAGGAACAGUCAAUGUGGCAAUAUUUAAUUUAUCAUACUAAUGAGAUGCAGGUGUCCUUAUAUAAAAAAUAAAGCUCGCCUCACAAGGGAAAUGAAACAUCGAUCUCUAAGAUGUGCCAGAAAGUUGCUGUUACACAAUGUGCUUUAUAUUUUUAUACACAAGGUGUACCUUUUGUAGGCCAGUAUUUUAAAUCACAAAUACCAUAUACGUGUAAUGUCAUAGGUUUUCCUCCAGUUAGGCCCACUGGCAUGUUGAGUGUUGUCAGAAUCAAUCAGUUAUCAAUCAGUGUUAAUUAAUUUAAUGUCCAUUUUGAAAUGGAUGUUUUGGAACAUGACAAACUGCUGGUAUCUGACUGACAGUCACAUUGUACAAUAUAUUGUGUAUUUCAUUGUAUAUAUGUAAAUUCAUGGUCGGAUUUCUUUAAGAUUGAAUGUACAUGACUGCGUGUCAAUGCACUGUUAGAAAAACAUCUUUACAGUACAUCAUCUGUACAGUGAUGUUGUCUGUCAAUGCAUAUAAUAAAAUCACAGCAUUGUUCUUCAACAAUUUAA